CGGCUCCGAAAAGAGAGGAAACCUGACGCCAGGUGAACUUUACCUGCCAGCCAGGAAACCCAGCACCCAGAUACGUUAACUAUGGCGGAGAGGAGCAACAUUGCACACAAGAACAGCCUGCUGGAAGCUGAACAAUCACGUUGUUGUUUAUAACCGGAAGUGCUUCAAUCAAAACACUCAGGAGUGGUCUGGACCAGUUCUUGUGUUGUUGCAGCUGCAAGAGACAAGACCUCAUCGAGUUUAGGGAGUUUGGAUCAAUCAAAAAGGCACCUCGACAUACAGGUGCUAUGAGCAGUGAGCUGAACGUGCCGAUGGGUUCCCCGGCCCCGGGGGUCUCAGAUCGGGUCCCGGACGGUGGGGGGAUGGACUACAGGGACUGGGUGCGACGCAGUUACCUGGAGCUGGUCAGCUCCAACCACCACUCAGUGCAGGCCCUGUCCUGGAGGAAACUCUACCUGAGCCGGGCCAAGCUGAAGGCCUCCAGCAGGACGUCUGCUCUGCUCUCUGGCUUCGCAAUGGUGGCCAUGGUGGAGGUUCAGCUGGAGAUGAAGUACAGUUACCCUCCUGCGCUCCUCAUUGCCUUCAGCGUGUGCACCACCGUGCUGGUGGCGGUGCACCUCUUCGCUCUCCUGAUCAGCACCUGCAUCCUGCCCAACGUGGAGGCCGUCAGCAACAUCCACAACCUCAACUCCGUCAGCGAGUCACCCCACGAGCGCAUGCACCACUUCAUCGAGCUGGCCUGGGGCUUCUCCACAGCUCUGGGCAUCCUACUGUUUUUAGCGGAGGUGGUGCUCCUCUGCUGGAUCAAGUUCCUGCCCGUAGACUCCAGCGAUAUCAAAAAGGUAACCUCUUGCAGCAACACGACAACCGCAGACCCGUUGAAGCCUGCGACAACCCCAGCCGCGAGGCAGCACAGCGGCUGGCAGGCUGCGCUGGCCUCCACCAUCAUCAUGAUCCCAGUGGGGGUGAUUUUUGUGCUGUUCACCAUUCACUUCUAUCGAACUCUGGUGCGCCACAAGACGGAGCGUCACCACGAGGAGAUCGAGGAGCUGCACAAGAUUAAGGUACAGCUAGACGGCCACGACAGAGGCCUCCAGACUGUGUGAUCACUGCAGCUUUAAGGACUUCACGUUCUGUCUCAUAUUUAUGUCUUUGACAUUUUGUUCUGGUCGUUUGUUAAUGUCUCGCUUGGACUCGUUGGCAGGGAGCUUUAAAAGCUCCUCACUUUGCAGCACAGACAGCCAAUACAUGUCAGACUGCUAAUUUAUUCUUACGGUAAUGUUGUGUCGUAGGAUUAGUUGUAGGACACUGUCUGUGUUUUAGAUUCGUUAUAUCUGUUGGUUAAGGAUAAUAUAAAAAGGUUUACAGAAAAA